UCGGCGCCACAGAUCUUGGCGCCGAGCUAAGCGCCACAGGUCUUGGCGCCGAGCUCGGCGCCAUGGAUCUUGGCACCGAGCGUGCUUCCUUAACCCCGCGCCCUCUUCCCUUUCCCGAGCGUGCCUCCAUUGUUCAUCCUUCCUUCUCGGGUUUUUUCUCCACCUCAACUCGCCCAACCCUCCGAUUCGUCGUAUUUGACUGUGAAAACUUUGAUUUCAUCCGUAGAUCGUCAAGAGUAAGGUAUUCUCUCUCACCUCCUAAAUUUGUGUGUUUUCAUUUGGUCUAUUGUACGCGUAUUUUCGAAAUUUAGGAACUUAGGGUUUAGGUUGUAAUUGUUGUAACGUGUAUUAUGCAACUAGGAUGCCUAGGCGGGGGAAAUCAAAGAAACCCCCCCGGUGCGGACUGGUGAUGCUUAUGUCCGGUUGCCGCUGCCAAGUGGAUUUCCUGUACCGAUGUGCUUCUGCGGUGAUCCUUGCAAGGUAGAUGUGUCCGUUGAAGAGGACACAUAUAGACAGAGAUAUUGGAUGUGUGCCAACUAUGCCUUCGAUCCAACACCUCGUCAGAUCCGCAUUGGGUUGCUGACCCCUCCCCCGCUCUGUGACUUUGAGCAGUGGAUUGACACUGAGAUCAAGGAGGAGGACAAGAGGUAUAUGGAGAUGUGCAAGAAGUGGGAAGCAGAGCGGCUAGAGAGGGUGGAGAAGAGACGCCAGGAGGAGGCAGCAGAAAAGGAGCGGCAGGAAAAACAGCAAAGGAGGCUGCCAGCUGAGCGUAGGGAGGAGAGGGAGCGGUAGCUUGAGCGUUUUUGCUGUGCUAAAGCCGCAAUGGAGGAGAAUCCAGAUGCUUUGAGGAAGGGGAAGUGGCCUCGUUGCACGCAGUAGGAUACAUGUUUUCAUUGGGCAAGUCUAGCUAGUAAUGAACUAUUCUGGUCGACUGAUGUCGUGCUAUCAUGUAAUGAACUAUUAGGUGUGUGCUAUCUUUUAUUUAUGUCUGUUCUUGUGUUGUCAUGUACUGAACUUUUUGAUGAGCUAUCAUGUACUCUAGUUUUAAUAUAUUGCCAUCAUUCC